AACUUCUGGGUUCAAGCCGUCAAUCGCAAAUCCAGAUUCUGAAUCUGUUGAUCAAAUUAGUAGCUCAAAGAUGGAAGGGAUUGCAUCAAUCGCGGUAGUUAGCUCUCUGAUUCUUGGAGCUCUGAUCGCUUUUAUAGCGUUUGGCAGCUACUUUCGCAAGCGUAAAUCGGAAGUUGUUUCCGUUGCAAAUCCUGCUGAAGCGGCGGCAGUCAAUCUGAAGAAUUCAAGGCCUCAGCAAAAUAAGAAAUCUCAGUCCAAGCCUCAUCAUUCUCAUGCUGAUAAGGAUUCAAACAAGCGCCACCACCCAUUAGACUUGAACACUUUGAAAGGUCAUGGGGAUUCCGUUAAUGGCUUAUGCUUUUCAUCAGAUGGACAUAGUUUGGCAACUGCUUGUGACGAUGGUGUAAUMAGGGUAUUCAAGUUGGAUGAUGCUUCAAGCAAAAGCUUCAAGUUUUUGAGAAUUAACCUGCCUGCUGCUGGAGGUCAUCCUACUGCCGUUGCAUUUGUUGAUGAUUCUUCUUCAAUCGUUGUGGCUUCACAAAAUCUUACUGGUGCUUCUUUAUACAUGUAUGGAGAAGACAAACCAAAAGGUGGUGAUACUAAGCAGCAGUCUAAGCCUGAAAUCAAGUGGGAGCACCAUAAUGUCCAUGAUAAAAAGUACAUCCUCACUUUAUUUGGAACUAAAGCUACUCAUGGUGCUGCUGAUGGGAGUACAAUAAUUGCAUCAAGUUCAGAGGGAACUGAUAUUAUACUUUGGCAUGGGAAGUCUGGAAAGAUGCUGGGAAAUGUUGACACAAAUCAGCUCAAGAACAAUAUGGCUACUGUAUCUCCAAAUGGGCGGUUUAUUGCUGCAGCCGCCUUCACGGCUGAUGUCAAGGUCUGGGAGAUAGUAUAUUCAAAGGACAGUUCGGUUAAAGAGGUUACAAAAGUUAUGCAACUGAAAGGCCAUAAGAGUGCUGUGACAUGGCUGUGCUUUACACCUGACUCAGAACGGAUCAUUACUGCAUCAAAGGAUGGCUCGAUAAGAGUGUGGAACAUUAAUGUUCGAUAUCAUCUUGAUGAGGACCCAAAGACUUUGAAGGUGCUCCCAAUUCCACUUCACGAUUCAAAAGGCACUACAUUGCAAUACGAUCGUCUCAGCAUAUCCCCUGAUGGAAAGAUUUUGGCUGCCACUCAUGGUUCAAUACUACAAUGGCUAUCUGCUGAAACUGGGGAAGUAUUAGAAACAGCUGAUAAAGCACAUGACGGUGAUAUCACCGACAUCGCAUGGGCACCUAAACCUAUUCCUGUCGGGGACAAACGGGUGACGAUUUUAGCCACAUCAAGUGUUGACAAGAAAGUGAAGUUGUGGGCAGCUCCAACGCUUUAAGAAACCGUCUACAAAAAAUGUACAAUGGCAUCGGCACAAAAGCUCUUCUCGGAUUUUAUGUUUUGGGGAGUGGUUCGAAAGAUGAAUGAUGUCACAUGGUUUAAACCACAAGUGUUUUCGAGAUGAGUUGGCACAUAAUCAAUGUAAGUGAUUAAGCGUCGGUUGGAGAAUCAACCAUGCUUUUUCUUUAUGGGUACUAUUAUCGAUGUUGUCGAUGUCGUCGGAAGUUGGAAAUUUGAAACUUGGUUAAAAGAUGAGUGAAGAUGGUGACUUUUUGGUUUCACAUGAAAGAGAACUUAAAUAGCAGUGACACAUAUUGGCUUGUAAUGA